AUGUUAGACAUCAACCAAUUUAUCGAAGAUAAGGGUGGUAACCCAGAACUGAUUAGACAAUCUCAAAAGGCUAGAAAUGCCAAUGUCGAAAUCGUUGAUGAAAUCAUUUCUGACUACAAAGAUUGGGUCAAAACAAGAUUCGAUUUAGAUGAAUUGAACAAGAAAUUUAACAAGCUUCAAAAAGAUAUCGGUCUAAAAUUCAAGACCAAAGAAGACGCCUCUGAAUUGUUGGCUGAAAAGGAGAAAUUAACCCAACUUAAGAAGGAAUUAACUGAAAAGGAACAAGAAGAGGAUAAGGACUUGAAAAGAAAGGUCUUCCAAGUUGGUAACAUCGUUCAUCCAUCUGUUGUCGUCUCUAAUGAUGAAGAAAACAAUGAAUUGGUUCGUACUUGGAAGCCAGAGGAAUUGGAAGCUGUUGGUUCCAUCGCUUCUGUAACUGGUAAAACAGCCAGCCUAUCCCACCAUGAAAUUUUGUUAAGAUUGGAUGGAUAUGACCCAGACCGUGGUGUGAAAAUUUCCGGUCACAGAGGUUAUUUUCUCAGAAACUAUGGUGUUUUCUUAAACCAAGCUUUGAUCAAUUAUGGUUUACAAUUCUUAGCAGCUAAGGGUUACAUCCCAUUGCAAGCUCCUGUUAUGAUGAACAAAGAAGUUAUGGCCAAGACUGCUCAACUAUCUCAAUUCGAUGAAGAACUAUACAAAGUUAUCGACGGUGAGGAUGAAAAAUAUUUGAUUGCAACUUCAGAACAGCCUAUUUCUGCCUAUCACAGUGAUGAAUGGUUCGAAAAGCCACAAGAGCAACUACCAAUUCAUUAUGCUGGUUACUCUUCUUGUUUCCGUAGAGAAGCUGGUUCUCAUGGUAAGGAUGCUUGGGGUAUCUUCAGAGUCCAUGCCUUUGAAAAAAUUGAACAGUUUGUCUUAACUGAACCAGAAAAAUCCUGGGAGGAGUUUGAAAAGAUGAUCUCUUACUCUGAAGAGUUUUACAAGUCUUUAAAGUUGCCAUACCGUAUCGUCGGUAUUGUCUCCGGUGAAUUGAACAACGCUGCCGCCAAAAAGUACGAUCUAGAAGCCUGGUUUCCAUAUCAAAAAGAGUACAAAGAAUUAGUUUCUUGUUCUAACUGUACUGAUUAUCAAUCCAGAAACCUGGAAAUUAGAUGUGGUAUAAAGAAAAUGGGGGACAGAGAAAAAAAAUAUGUGCAUUGUUUGAACUCCACUUUGGCUGCUACCCAGAGAGCUUUAUGUUGUAUCUUAGAGAACUAUCAAAAUGAAGAUGGUUUGGUAGUUCCAGAAGUCUUGAGAAAAUACAUUCCAGGUGAACCAGAAUUCUUGCCAUUUGUCAACGAGCUACCAAAGAAUUCCACUUCCAGUAAAGACAAGAAAAAGAAGAACUAA